AGUAGUUCACAAUCAUACAGUUUUGAAUAACACCCCUAUCUAAUUUUCUUAUAACAGCGUCUUCCUCUUUUGACCCAGCUUUAUUGAGACCACGUUUGUUGUUUCUCGGAAGUGACGAAACCAGAGUAUUGAUGGCGGCUCACAGUUUGCUCCCGGAUAUGUACUGCAACACAUUUGAUGGGGUCUGAUCGGACUUUUUGCAUACAUGGCCAGUUAUCCAAGGUCUCGAGAUUAACGUCGAAACUGCACAAGAGCCGUGAAUCCAAACAGGAACAAUUUGUUGACUGAUCCAGGGCUAGCUAGCCUCUGAUCGCAACGGGUUGUUUGUGUGCGUGGCUGCACAUUUUAGGACAGCGGGGGAAAAAAAAUCGACGUUAGACAUUUUAAUGUGAUUUUGUUGCACUGUCUGGCUAGCGUAUCGGAUUCCUUGUUUGCCAGUUUCUCCUGUCUGACUAACGCCGCUUGCGUUACUUCAGAAAGCAGAGGGAAGUGGUUAGCCGACCUGAUUAGCUGUAACCGUAGUAGUUCAAGCUCGUCUGAAGUCAGUGGUCUCAAGUGGAUGGUUUGAGUCUUUUCUAUGUUUCACCGUUGCCCUCAGCUGUCAGCAUGUUGAAAACACGUCAGUGUUUACUGGGGAUCCGCACUUUCCUUGGAGUCACGUCCAGAAUAUGGAGUUUCAUCUUAUACAUCCUCCGGAAACAUCUACGGACGAUAAUCCAGUACCAAACAGUGCGUUAUGACACAUUACCUCUCUCCCCUGUUUCCAGAAACAGACUUAAUGCAGUGAAAAGAAAAAUCUUAGUGUUGGAUCUAGAUGAGACUUUGAUUCACUCUCACCACGAUGGCGUCCUUAGACCAACAGUGAGGCCUGGAACGCCUCCAGACUUUAUCCUGAAGGUGGUAAUAGACAAACACCCUGUCAGGUUUUUUGUCCAUAAAAGGCCACAUGUCGAUUUCUUUUUAGAAGUGGUUAGUCAGUGGUAUGAGUUGGUAGUGUUUACAGCUAGUAUGGAGAUAUAUGGAGCAGCUGUAUCAGAUAAGCUUGAUAACAACAGGGGUAUCCUUAAAAGAAGAUACUACAGACAGCACUGCACUUUGGAUCUAGGGAGCUACAUAAAAGAUCUGUCUGUAGUACACAAUGAUCUCUCCAGUAUAGUUAUUCUGGACAACUCGCCUGGAGCUUAUCGAAGUCACCCAGACAAUGCAAUACCUAUAAAGUCAUGGUUCAGUGACCCAAGUGACACAGCACUUCUUAACCUGCUUCCAAUGUUGGAUGCAUUGAGAUGAUAAAGAAGAUGAGGAUUAACGCAGUGCAAGAGAAAGAAAAUGACUGACAGCACAACGCAAAUGAAUUCGCUUCCAUCUUAUACAAUAUAAGCAUAAAACACUUUGGUUGUAUCUGUUUCUAAAGAUGAUGAAGAAGAUGAGGAUUAACACACAACGCAAUGAUUGACAGCAAAACGCAACUAUAUUCCUCUUAAACAUAUACAAUAUAUACAACAUGCUGUGUAUGUGAUUUUAUGUUAAAAAUAUGAUUUUAUAUCAAAUGAAUCUUUAGUAAAUAUUUAGCUAGAUUUGUGUUAUAGAUCAGUUAAACAUGCUGUUGUGGUUUCGUCAAAAAGUAAACUCCUGACAACAGUGUUUGUGAAAGUUAGUUGACUCUAUCUGCGUUUCCAUUAAAGAUUUAUUUUCUUAAUGUAAACAAAAAUAUUUUUUAAAUGAGGGCAUAUCCAUUACCCAAUGUUAUGCAACUAAAAUGUAAUUUUGUGAUCUUGCGAUAACUCAUUCCAAAAACCAUGCCGACGGGGGUGUUCGACAUAAUAGGCGGCGAGUAGACCGACAUGCGGAUGACAUCAAAAUACAGUGAAAGCGACUCAAAAGCAUAUAGAGCAGUGCCCCCCGAUUCACUCCUAGACGGUUACAGACGGUUUCAGCAGUAACAACAUAAACAAACGGUUUUCCUAGAAUGUAAUGUAACUUCCGGUAAACGACGAAUCAAUAACAACAGUCCUUUUAUAUAUUUAUAUUUAUAUAUACACACAGCGGGCAAAAUAAGUAUUUGACACAUCAGCAUUUUUAUCAGUAAGGAGAUUUC